AGGGCGGUGUCACUGCCAAGGUGGCCCGGGCUUCUUCCUCACAGGUGCUUAAGGGGAGCUCGCCGCGCGGAGUAGCUGCCGACGUCGCUGAGGACUGUCUGGCUUUCCGUGCCUCCCGCGGCAGAGCACUUAUAUUGAAGCUAAAGACAAGAUAUUUGUAUAAUUUCUGUGUUGAGAUUAAAACAUAUGGCAAUGAAGAAAGAGACAGAAUCUGGGGUUUUCAUCUGAAGAAAAUGACAGACAACAACCAAACCUGUGCUGCAGGCCAGGCCUCCGUGCCCUACAUGACUUGUUUGAUUCACGUGCUUGAGCAGUGGCUGGGUGUGGAGCAGUUGGAGGACUAUUUGAAUUUUGCAAGCCAUCUCUUGUGGGUUUUUACCCCACUGAUACUUUUAAUACUCCCUUACUUUACCAUCUUUCUUCUCUAUCUUACUGUGGUUUUUCUGCACAUCUAUAAGAGGAAGAAUGUGUUAAAGGAAGCCUACUCUCAUAAUUUAUGGAAUGGCGCAAGGAAAACAGUGGCCACUCUGUGGGAUGGACACGCAGCGGUUUGGCAUGGUUACGAAGUUCAUGGGAUGGAAAAGAUACCGGAAGGACCAGCGCUUAUCAUUUUUUAUCAUGGAGCGAUUCCCAUAGACUUUUACUACUUCAUGGCUAAGAUUUUCAUCCACAAGGGCAGAACAUGCCGAGUAGUAGCUGACCACUUUGUCUUUAAAAUCCCAGGGUUCAGUUUAUUACUAGACGUAUUUUGUGCUCUUCAUGGGCCAAGAGAAAAAUGUGUUGAAAUCCUGAGGAGUGGCCACUUGCUGGCUAUUUCACCAGGAGGAGUCCGAGAAGCCUUGCUCAGUGAUGAAACCUACAGCAUCAUCUGGGGUAGCCGGAAAGGCUUUGCGCAGGUCGCCAUUGAUGCGCAAGUGCCCAUUAUUCCUAUGUUUACACAAAAUAUUCGAGAAGGAUUUAGAUCACUUGGAGGAACAAACCAAGACCGCCCUUCAGGCUUUGAUUGAUAAGCACCAAAGGAUACCGGGCAACAUCAGGAGUGCUCUGCUGGACCGCUUCCAUAGCGAGCAGAAGGCCGAUUGAGAGGCAGUGUAGUGAGUCUCUAGUGACGAGCUCACAGCUGCAGUGCUGUCUUAAAUUUUGUAGGUUGUAUAAUAGUGUUUUUAAAGCUUCAUGUUAAUAAGUAUCUUUCUUAGAACUUGUUUAAUUUAUAUUGUUAACCUUGUCCUUUCAAUCAGUUGUGUCAAAUUUAUACGUAACUCAUUACUUGCCUGACUCAGAAAGUGAUCAUGUUGCAUUUGCAAUCUUUAGUAGUAUAUGAUAAGCAUAGAGUCUUAGUGUUAAGUCUUUCUUGAUAUCAGCAGGUUAAGCAGACUUUUCUAAAUUAUGUCUGCCGUGCUGAUCUGAACAUUAGGGGCGCAUGCAUUAGGUGUAGCACUGAAUUUAGGUGAGAGGUGCCUGUGUCUGUCUGUCUUCAUUCCAUUCACAGCUGCGGGUAAGUUGUGGAAUGCUUUUGUACCUCAGUGAUGUAAGCAUGAUAAUAUUGUGGUGAUGAACAUGACUUUGAGCUGCUUAUGUCCACUGUGCUAUCUGUAGUGUGAGAGAUAUAACUGAACUGAUUCCUGAACCCUGAAGGAGUUAGAUACAUUUUUUUUGUCCAUUGAGUGUAACAAUUUCUUCAGGUGUGAUGUCCAGUUGCCAAGCACAUUGAACGAGCUGUACUGUUUUAUAAAUCAAGACAUUGUUAUUUCUUUAGUAUUUAUUUUAAACAAGUAUCUAAGUAAACAUAUAGACUAAGUUGUCAGCAUGGUGUUUUAUGGGGUAAGGAUAGAAUCACGGUCACAUUCCGCAGUUGGCGUUAGAAGCUGAUUCUAGGCUGAGGAAUAAGAACAAGAAAGCCCUGAUUUUGCUUAAUAUCCUGGUUUAUUUUGCUGUGCUCUGCAGCCAGUCAUGUGGCUUACUAUUUCAGUAAAAUGUACUUGAAUGAUGAAUUUCUGUAAACACGGAGCUCUCUGAAAAUGUAAUGGCAUUUGAUUUGUUGUCUCCCUAAAAACUGAUUUUAAAAGUAUUUAAACAGCAAAGUAUCAUAAAUCCUCUGCAGUAUGUCUCUUUCCAUCUUUGUAGUACUUGGGUUUUAUAUGAACUUUUUAAUCACAAGUGUAUAUUUAUGAUAUAUAUAUAUAUAAAAAUAUAUAAAAUGUAUAUAGAAAUGAUGUAAAAAAUAAAGGUGAAUUUUAAAUCAUUCUCUUGUGAAAUUGUCUGUGAGACAUCAUUGCCACUAAGUUUACAUUCAAUCCUGGGGACCCACAUGGUAGAAGGAAAAAUCCAAAACCUGCACGUUGUUCUCUGACCACCAUUCAUGUUUACUGUCAUUUGUGUUUGCCCACACAUAUACACAGUAAAUCAAUUAAUUUUAAAAAUUCAAGUUUUGCUGGGUGGUGGUGGCGCACGCCUUUUAACCCAGCACUUGGGAGGCAGAGGCAGGCAGAUCUCUGAGUUCAAGGCCAGCCUGGUCUAAAAGAGCUGGUUCCAGGACAGGCCCCAAAGCUAUAGAGAAACCCUGUCUCGAAAAACCGAAACAAAACAAAACAAAACCCAAAACUCAAGUUUCAUUAGUUCUUCACAGUAAUGGUUAUACCAGAUUCUCUUUGUGCUCCAUCCUCCACAGGAGACUCACACGCUGUGUUUAGUUUUCCUGCCUCUUUAGUCUGUUUGUAAUCUGGAGUAAUUUCUCAGCCCUAGUUUGUCUUUAAUAAUACUGAGAAUUUGUAAUGGAAAGAAUAACUUUCCUAGUUAAGCCUUUAAUUUAUUUU